AUGGUGUCCUUAUCAGCGACCCCGCCCGUCGGCGCCAUGCUCCCGCCGCCGACACCCAUUGUAAAGCGGCCGACGCUCGGCUUGAAGCGCGACAGUUCCUACCUGGACACGGACGAUGAGGCUGGACUCACACCCUCAGCAAAGAGAUUGAAAGUCGCAUUCAGUGAUGAUGUUGAUGUCCGUAUCAUGGAUGAUUGGAAUGAAAAGAGCUUCGAGCUGGUGAAGGAGGAAGUUCGACUCGGCAUCUCGCGCCAUCUUGCAACCGACGAGCAGCGCGACGAUACACAAUACGCGCGGCUUCUGCACAUUCUCAACCAGGAUGCUUUUGCGGGUGACGCUCCGAGCACGAAGCUGCUAAAGCGCUACAUCAUGGCCAUCAAUUGGCGCAUAACGGYGCUUGGCGAAUGUAGCAAGCUUGUGCUGGCCGUGUUGGAUCUCUCCUGGUUGGGGCGGGACGACGAGUUUGUGGAAGUCUACACCAAGUUUCUGGUCAUCCUGGCAAGCACCCACUCCAAGUUCAUUUCCCCCAUGAUGGACCGACUUGUUUCACAUCUCGAAAGACUGCCCGCCUCAGCUGGACGACUGCCCGGCGAAGAUCCUGUGACGCGCGCCACAAUGUUUGACAGACUACACGCUAUCCUCCAGACGCUCUCAAGACGUGUACCCUCGACCGCGAGUGUACUCAUGCGAAUACUGAAACACCAGUUUCCUACCGACAUGUCCACUGCAAAGGGCCACCUUCAAUACCAACGACACAUCUUGCGGAUUGCACACGAGCUGCCGGAGUUGAAGACCGAGAUGAUGGCGUUGAUUGUACAACGACUGGUCAACAUAGACGUGCAAAUACAGCAAGAUAUUGAUGAGUUGGAGGACGAUGAAGAAGACCGAUUCCUACAACGCCCACAACUGGGAGGCAACGCUGGCGAUCCAUACGACUCUGACGAUAGCGAUGUCGAGUCUGUCUCGGAGUCCGAGCUGACUACGACUGACGAUGAGACGCGUAUACGAGACCUGCGAUUGAAGGUCGCUAAAAUGGACGGCACUCAAGACCUCCUAUUCGAGCACUACGCACCAUCCUUCACCGCAGCACCGGAACAGCCACGGCAGAAUGCUGCAUAWCUGGAAUUGUUGUCUCAAUUCGAGAACUUCAUCAUGCCCAACCGGUCGAGACAUGCGCAAUUCCUGCUCUUCCACUUCGCACAAACUUCGCCCAGAUACGCAUCACAUUUUGCUUCCCAUUGCCUGUCGACAGCCUGCGACAAGAAUGUUGCGACUACGGUGAGGCUGACCGCUUGCGCUUAUGUUGCUAGCUUCGUGGCUCGGGGUUCUCUGGUUGAGCAAAAGCUUGUCCGAGAAGUGGUGAACACGCUGACCUCAUAUCUGGAGGACAUGCGCAAAUUGUACGAGCCCAACUGCCAGGCACCAGAUCGGAGAGCAUACAGCAUAUACUACGCUAUUGCGCAAGCGAUUUUCUACAUUUUCUGCUUCAGGUGGCGGGACUUGGUUGUCGGAUCAUCAAACUCACAACCCGAGGACGCCAAUAUGACCGAAGAGGACAUUCUUGCAGAAGGGCGCGAUCUAAUCUGGAUUUCCGGAUUGAAGGAGAUCCUCAAUCGAAAUAUGCAUUCGGUUCUCAAUCCGCUCAAGGUCUGCUCCGCCGCGAUUAUUGGCGAAUUUGCAAAGAUUGCCAACCACCUGCGUUUCCUGUACGUUUUCUCUCUUCUAGAGCGGAACAAGCGUGUCCGGCUCGGACAAGCGCACGUAUACUCACGAAUGGGUGGUGGAAUCGACAUCGGACGUAGAGAGACUGCCUGGGACCGCAAGACAGGAGACGCGCAUCACCAGCUUGAGCCAUAUUUCCCCUUCGACCCAUACCAUCUUCCGCUGAGCAAGAGAUGGAUGCAAAACGAGUACAAUACCUGGAAACUACCACAAGGCAUGAAGCAAGAUGACGAGGACGAGCAAGACGAGUCUGAGGAGGAAGACGAAAGCGAUGAUGACUCGAUUCCCGAGGAUUUGACGGGAGAGCCAACUGGGAUGAUGGCAUCGGACGCCAUUCCAAUUAGCAGUUGUUGA